AUGGCGGCCUGGGCUCGGGCGGUGAGGGGGCUGCUGCUGGACGUCAGCGGGGUUCUCUACGACAGCGGCGGCGAUGGCGGGGUGCCCAUCGCCGGCUCGGUGGAGGCGGUACGCAGGAUCAAAGCAUCUGGUCUGAAGCUGCGGUUCUGCACUAACGAAACCCAAGCAACCCGGGAGAAGUUUGUGAAGAAGCUCCAGGGCAUGGGCUUUGACAUCUCCGUGGAUGAAGUCACUGCCCCAGCACCAGCAGCCUGCCACAUUUUGAAGGAGCGCAGCCUGAGGCCGCACUUGCUUGUGCACAAUGAUCUCAUCCCUGAAUUUGCUGAGAUUGAUAAAGCAAACCCAAACUGUGUGGUUAUUGGAGAUGCAGCAGAAAACUUCACCUAUGCAAACCUUAAUGAAGCUUUCCGAGUUCUGAUUGGGAUGGAGAAGCCUGUUUUGAUCUCCCUUGGAAGAGGACGCUACUAUAAAGAAACCGAUGGUCUGAAACUUGAUGUUGGAGCGUAUAUGAAGGCAUUAGAGUAUGCUUGUGAUGUUCAAGCUGAGGUACUGGGAAAACCAGCAAAAAUGUUUUUUGAGUCAGCCUUAGCAGAAAUGGGAGUUCCACCACAGCAGGCCAUCAUGAUUGGAGAUGAUAUUGUGAAUGAUGUAGGAGGUGCCCAGCGGUGCGGUAUGAGAGCUCUGCAAGUGCGGACAGGGAAGUACAGGCCUUGCGAUGAAAACCACCCCCACGUGAAGCCCGAUGCGUACGUGAACAACCUUGCCGAAGCGGUUGAUGUUAUCCUCCAGCAGCUGUAA